AUGUCUGGCGUGAAAACUGACUUGGAGAAAUUUUAUAUGAGACAAUACGGAUUAAGGGAUACGAAAAAUCCUCCAUUAGCAGCUCAAUUUGAAGCUAGCAGAAAGAAUAUUUCAGGUUUUGAAUUUUCAGAUAAACACACAUCAAACUUUAUUAAUUUAGUCAAUCAAAGCAAAGUACCAACCAAUUACAUCAAUAUUGUAUCAGCAUACAUUAAUAAACUAAGUAAUAUACAAACCGAUGAACAACUUAUUGAUCAUCUUUAUGAUGCCGGCCAAGGCAGAUUCUUUCCAUAUAUGGAUACAAAAAUUCAAAAUUACAUACAGUAUAAAGAGAAUUUUCAAACUUUUUAUACCAAUAAAGAUAUUCCAGCUUUUAAUAAGUCAUCCUAUGAUAUUACUCUCAACGGCAUUGAGAUGAAGUUAAGCAAAAGCGAUUUUGCCCAAUUAUGCAUAGAAGCGUUCCAAGAGCUUUUGGGUGACAAAUACAAGAAAUAG